UGGUUGAUUCUACUGGCUCCAUUUACAGGCUUCAGUGAACUUGGUGCUUCAGACUGUGUAAGCUGCUGUCUGUCUCCUGAAGUGUCCAGAUUGAUCACAGACUCAGCUAUGUCUGCAAAAGCGCUGGCAAAAGGAAGCCCUGCGCCAGGCCCUGUGCCUGCAGGAAUGAUUCGCCUGUACAGCAUGCGAUUCUGUCCAUUUGCUCACCGUACUCGCCUGGUCUUGGAAGCCAAGAAAAUCAAACAUGAAACUAUCAAUGUCAAUCUGUUGAACAAACCCGACUGGUGCUUCGAGAAGAACCCCCUUGGCAUGGUGCCAAUCUUGGAGACCUGCAAGAAUGAGCUGGUCUAUGACUCACCAAUCGCCUGCGAGUUUCUAGAUGAUACGUACCCUGCCAAAAGGCUUCUGCCCACGGAUCCCUAUGAGAAGGCCAAACAGAAGAUGCUGCUGGAACAGUUCAGUAAGGUGAUGGGUUACGUGUACAGGAUUCCAGUGGAAAAGAAAAAAUCCGUGGACACUUCCAAAAUGGAAGAGGAACUUAAAGUUCAACUCAGCAAUUUCGAGCAGAAAUUGGUUGAUUCGAAGACUCGUUUCUUUGGUGGUGACUCUGUGACAAUGAUCGACUACUGGAUUUGGCCCUGGUUUGAGCGCAUGGAAGCCCUUGGAUUCAACAAGCUCCUGGAACAGAUGCCAACACUCAAGCACUGGAUGCAACUCAUGCAGCAAGAUCCUGCAACCAAGGCCACUGGCUAUAGCACUGAUAUCUACAGAGGAUUCUACGAGAUGUACUUGCAGGGUAACCCUGAGGCCUGUGACUAUCAUCUCUAAGAAGAGUCACCUCUAAUUAGACUCAGCAGAGAACACAGGCAUCUGCCCCCUACUUUAGACAGUACACGGCAGGACAUCAACGGUUUGAUAUAUACUGAUUCAGGAGUCACACCAAAUGUUCUACCAGCUCCCGAUUCAAUCCAACUUUGCAUUACACCUGCAGAUAGUGAAAAUUAAACUUGCAAAAGCUGGAAGCCAGAAAUAGGACUGAGAAUACAAGGCCAGCAUGAGUCAGAUGGGAAUUAAAUAGAGGGUGAAUGGUUGUUACCCAUUCACUGACCUUCGUUCCCAAUGUUGACAUACCUGCUCUCUCACAGACAGUGGCACUGGCGUUAUUUUUAGAUUAUCCUCUAAGUGCCUCUGGGGAAAUGAGUCUACACAACCGAAACUGGCUGCCGAAUUCAUAAGCUCUGGUUUAUUUUGGCUGCCUGCCUUUUACUGAGCAGCAUCUGAUUGGAGAUAUUCAGUAAACCGACCUCUCCCUUUAGAAUAUUUUUAAAAGGGAUACUUUCCUGUUUUUGUUUCAGUGUGACAAUAUUGCUCUGCCUGUUCUGCUGCUCUGAACAGUCUGGGUAGAAAUUUGUCUUUGUCACAUUUUUAUAGUCUUCCCAACCCCCACUUCCGAAAUGAUCAUGAAUCCCCAGGAACUUGUCCUGGUGUCAAGACACAAAUAUUCAGGGUUCCUUUUGUAUCCUAGAACCAUGUUCCUUUUUCACAACUUUGCUAAACCAUGGAAGUCUAGUGCAGUGCUGAAUGUGUCAAUCUAGCCACACACAUUCUCACUGAGAUGUUUCUGUUCCUGUUUUGGACUGUCCAACUUCCUGUUUCACCUCCUUUCGAUUUCAAUCGCACCAUCAUACCAUUGGCAUUGUCACCGUUCCCUAUCUGAAGGCAGAUUCUCGAUUACCCACUCCCCAUCCACACUGCCCAGGCUGCGGAAGAGCACGGUGUGAUCCUGGUGAAUCUUAAUGCCCCAAUGUCACUGCUGCCAACGUCUUGAUGAAAAUUAUAGACAGAAUAAAAGAUGCCGUAAAGAGA